ACUACGAGAAGCUUUAUAUAAAGCCUAUGAAUUUCUGCCCAACUAUCAGUAGUUUCCUACACUCCCUUGGCUGAAACAUAUUGUGUUCAAAUAGAUCAAAGCGAACAUUCAAUCAUGUUUAAGGUGUCGUGUCUUCUGGUCCUGGUUGCUGUGAGUGUGUCCGCGGAACCGACUCUCAAGAAACUGCUGCUGAAACGCCUGUUGCUGAAACACCUUCAAGGUCCUUCUCUCGUUGCGCCCAUUGCCUAUGCCGAGCAUCCUUUAUCAUAUGUUCAGUCAGCUCCAGUUUCAUAUUCUCAGCCCAUCAGUUUCGGUCACUCGGCUCCAGCGUACUUAGAAUCUGGACCAGGUCCAGAAGUGUUUUCGAGUCGCCACCUGUCACUACCAUCUUCAGGAUCAGCAUUUGUGCAUCAUCCCGAAGUAGUUCAUGAAGCUCCGCAUGUGAACUUUCACUCUGCUCCUGUGCCAGCUGCCACUUACGGGCCUCCUGCUGUUUCCUUCGAUGCUGCACCCCAGCUUGCUGUCAGCCAUGAAGCUCCAGUUGAACAGUCCUACAACUUCCAGCCAGCCCCUCAUCCAAUUUCCUGCCAGUCCUCUCACGAGCCCAUCUCUUUCCACUCCUCUCAGGAGCCUAUCUCAUUCCAGCCCUCUCAACAGCCCAUCUCAUUCCAGCCCUCUCAACAGCCCAUCUCAUUCCAAUCCUCUCAAGAGCCCAUCUCGUUCCAGUCCUCUCAACAGCCCAUCUCAUUCCAAUCCUCUCAUGAGCCCAUCUCAUUCCAAGGAGCCCAAGAGUCCAUCGGAUUGCAGGCCUCAGCACAGCCCAUCUCCUACGAUGCCAGCGUUCCUCUGCAACAGUCUAAGGGAAUCGAACUGACCAAGCGUAUCUUUUUCUAGAUGUUAAACACUGCAAAAACAGAUUGCGUUGAACCAAAUCCCUUUUAGCUCUAGAAACAAUAGGUCAAAUAUACCAAAAGUGUAGGAUAGACGCGCAUAGAAGAUGCCAAACUACUGCAAAUAAAGUGUAUUUUAAAAUAUGA